AUGAACUCGAGCAGUGGAGCCAUAAAUAAGUGCUGGGAUCAGGGCUGGAUCCCCUCAGCUGCCAGCCCUGCUGGGGGCAUUUACCCACCUCAGCACGGCCCUGUUUGUGGAUCACAGAUGGUCGCGGCGCUGGAGAGGCAGAUCUUUGAUUUCCUGGGAUACCAGUGGGCCCCCAUCCUGGCGAACUUCCUGCACAUCAUGGCCGUGAUUUUGGGUAUUUUUGGGACCAUCCAGUACAGAUCCAGAUACCUCAUGAUGUACGCGGUGUGGUUGGUGCUGUGGGUCGGCUGGAACGCCUUCAUCAUCUGCUUCUACCUGGAGGUCGGGCGCUUGUCGCAGGACCGAGACUUCAUCAUGACCUUCAACACCUCCCUGCACCGCUCGUGGUGGAUGGAGAACGGCCCGGGCUGCCUGGUGACGCCGGUGCUCAACUCCAACCUGGCGCCCGAGGAUCACCAUGUCAUCACCGUCAGCGGCUGCCUGCUCGACUACCAGUACAUCGAGGUGGUGAGCAGCGCCACGCAGAUCUUCCUGGCGCUCUUCGGCUUUGUCUACGCCUGCUACGUCAGCAAAGUGUUCCUGGAGGAGGAGGACAGCUUUGAUUUCAUCGGCGGCUUUGACUCCUACGGGUACCAGGCACCCCAGAAGACGUCGCACCUGCAGCUACAGCCGCUCUACACGUGA